AUGGUCCUCGUGGAGGAGGAAUGGCGCGCGAAGGUUGGUGCAGUCCGAGCUCAAGCCGCCUCGAACCAGGCCGAGGCGGAGCUUGAGAACCAUAAGCUGCGGAGGGAGAAAAACGUUUGGGAUCGCAGAUGUGACUUCUUACAAACGAAGCUGGACGAGAUCGAAAGCGCAAAGGGUAUUGUGGACACCGCCUUGAUGCAGCGUGAUACCAGUUUGGAAGCUCUUCGUUCCGAAGUUCGAGAUGCAAACUCCACGAACGAGGAUUUGCAGACCAAAUUGAACGAGGUCGAAAGCGCGAGAGAUCAUGCGAAAGAUGAUGUGAUGCAGCGCGAGACCGAUUUGGAGGCUCUCCGUUCCGAAAAGGAUACCAAAAUCAGUCGACUCGAAACAGAGAAUGCAACGCUGCAAGCCGACGUUACUCGUCUUACCACCGAGAAGGAGACACUCGAAGCUCAGAUACGGAACGGCACAUUGCUAUCGGAGGAGAAAGACACUCGAAUUGCGGACCUCGAGACUGGGAUUCGGGACUUGCGAGCCGAGAACAAGGCCUCCUCUGACACCUCUAUCGAGAAGGACUCCCAGAUCGCGGACCUCAAGACCGAGAUUCAGGACUUGCAGGCCAAGAACAAGGCCGUCUCCGACACCUCUACUGAGCAAGACUCUCAGAUUGUAGACCUCAACACCAAGGUCCGGGACUUGCGAGCCGAGAACAAGGCCUUCUCUGACACCUCCAUCGAGAAGGACUCCCAGAUCGCGGACCUCAAGACCGAGAUUCAGGACUUGCAGGCCAAGAACAAGGCCGUCUUCGACACCUCUACCGAGCAAGACUCUCAGAUUGUGGACCUUAACACCAAGGUUCAGGACUUGCAAGCCAAGAACAAGACCGUCUCUAACACUUCCAUCGAGAAGGACUCUCAGAUUAUGGACCUCAAGACCGAGAUCCAGGACUUGCAAGCCAAGAACAAGGCCGUCUCUGACACCUCUACUGAGAAGGACUCCCAGAUCGCGGAUAUGACGGAGCAACUGCGUCUGGUGAAUGAGGAUGUGACACAACUUCAGACCAGUAACGCAGACCUGAACAGUAAUGCGAGCGCACAGCAGUCCCUCGUCGAAUGCAAGACGCAGCAGCUUGAGGCUAUCGGUCGCAUCACAAGAGAGAUCCUCGUCGCCCUCCACCCGGAGCAGCUCCCGCCGUAUAGAGACAAUAUCGAAGAUAUGGAGAUGCUCCGCAAAGAGGUCUUAGGCUUGGAAAAGGCUGCCUGGGCAGCCCACGACGCCCUUGAAGCAACGUGGGAACAGAAGAAGUCGUAG